AUGGACCCAAUUAAGUACAUCUUUGAAAAUCAUAUUCUUACUAGAAGGAUUGCCCGUUGGCAGAUAUUAUUAUCAGAAUACGACUUCGUAUAUGUUACACAUAACGAUAUCAAAGGAAGUGCACUAGUUGAGUAUUUGGCCCAACAACCUGUAGAAGGUUAUCAAUCAAUGCCGUGUGAAUUUCCCGAUGAAGGCAUAAUGACUUUUUUCAAAGAUACUGAAUCACCCGACAAAGAGAAAUGGACGUUGGUGUUUGGUGGUGCUUCUAAUGCAUUAGGGCAUGGAAUUGGAGCCAUUUUGAUUUCCCUAGAGAACCAAUUAAUUCCAUUUACGGCUAGAUUGUGUUUUAAUUGCACAAACAAUAUUGCAAAAUAUGAGGCAUGUGCUAUUGGCAUUGAAACAAUUGUUGAAUCAAAGGUAAAAAUUCUUGAGGUAUAUGGAGACUUAUUGUUGGUGAUCCAUCAGACGAAAGGAGAGUAG